AUGUGGAUUCUAUAUAUUGUUCUAUUUACGUUACCGAUUAUUUUCGGCGCAAGCCGAGAUUUUUUUGAGCGCGAAGAUUAUGAUGCAUUUGGAGACCGAUUGGCAAUCACGGAAAAUCGCGUCAUUUUCGCAGAGAAUGGUGCUCGUGAAUUCGCAAUAAUAGAGAAUCCAUUCUCCUCUAAUCCGGUAGCGUGCUAUUUGGAAUAUAUAUAUGUCGAUUCGCCACGUCAUGCUAAUACAUCUCUCGAUUACGUAUAUAACAUAGUGAUGGGUAGUAAACAAGAUGAAAUGGAACCGGUAGUUGCUAUGAUAGGCGAAACCAAACAGAAGGAAUUUUAUUUAAUAGUGAUGAUUAUGGCAUAUUCUCCUGGUUGUACUAAUCGCCUGAAGCGCACUAUAUGGGUACCAGUGUCAUUUUACGAACUUUUUCCACCCUCUGCACUCGCUGUAGACCCACGAGGUACAUUUAUAUGCGUAGUGCAGUUAGAUUCAACUUUGUGCAUUGACAUCAUUAGCAACACGACCACAACAUCUUCUAAUUAUCAGUUUUGGGAUAAAAAGCAGUUUUUCCACAGUCGAGCCCUAGCAAUCAGUGAAAAACGCCGUUUGUUGCUAACAGCCUAUCGAAUCAUCGAUGAAGAGAAAAAGCUUAUUCCCUAUUUGUAUUUAGCUGAUUUUUCUGAUCCAUCAAAUCCACUGCUACUAGGCAUGAAAAAUCUAUCAUCACAAUAUUUGAAACAGGAAAGAGAUGUGUUUACACGAUACGCAACUCUGUCACUUUUUCUACAUGAAACGUCGAACAUGAUCAUUGUUGGUGUUCCACAUUUGGAUUGUAUUUUUAUUUUUUCUAUGGAACAAAACUCGCUAAGUCUUGUUAAAACACACGUUUCACCGGAAAAGAAUGUCUUAUUCGGCAAAUCAGUCGCAAUUAUGGAUUCAAACAUCUACGCAGUAUUGGCCUAUUCAUUAGCCACUCUACCUUGGUCAUUGUCUCAAAUACAGGUAUAUUCUCUUAAUGAAACAGUAGAGAUGCCGAAGCCACUCUUUAUAUUUCCAAAUAAUCAACAAGAAAUGGAAUCAACAGAUUCACAGGAACUUCCUCACCGUAUUGUGAGUCUGAUGGCGUGGCAUUCUAAUGGUAUUGGUCUUGUUCUCGAUGCUGGCAAUGUUCUACUUAUUCCAGCAAGUCCUCCUGGCUAUUGCAGUGCAUCAAUAAAGAAAUAUGAAGACAUAGACAUAUACAAGCCGAAAUCGUGUAUACCAGGUACUCGUCAAAUCAGUAGCAGUUUUGGACCUUGCAUGAUUUGUCCACCUGGUUAUAAAAACAAUGGAAGUGCUGGAGAAUUAUGUGUCAAAUGUAAGACUAAUGAUACAUUUUGGUGUUUUGGUGCUGCUAUCAAUGAAAUCGAUAUGAAAAACAUGACGAGUUACGAUCAAGCAAAUCCUUAUCCAGAAUCACCACAUGCGACAGAGUUUGAGGAUAUACUUCUGCAAAAUAUUUUUCAGUUGCCAAUUCUAAAUCUGCAUUGCCUUAGAAUUUCACCUAUAUUCUGGACAUUUGUUGGUAUUUGCUGUUGUAUACUUAUUUGCAUUAUAAUCAAAAUUCUUUCAUGUUGGUCGAAAUCUCGAAAGCGACAACAAUGCAUUCAAAAGAUCUUGUCUCAUUGUGAUGUGAUCGGUGAAGGAACGUAUUGGUUGGGUGGAUUAAUAUCAUUACUCGUACUGAUUCUCAUCAUAUUUGCAUGCAAGUUCAGCAUAUCAUUUACUUAUCUCUAUCCAAUCGAACAAAUAUCAUCGGGGCAACGGCGAACUGUAUCAUGUGACAAUACUUUGUUCAAUGCCAAACUCACUAGUUCUUUACAGUUACUAUCGACACUCAAAUACGAAGAGGAAAAGCCGAUAUUUACCUUGCUCAACGGACAGCGCCUUCUUCUGACCGUUCAAGUCAUUAGUACCGGUUAUACAUGUAAGGAUCUAGAAUUGCACACAAUUCGAGUUCGUGGACUAAGCAUUCAAUCUGAAAAUUUCACCUGUUCGAAACAUAAUGAAGUAUUAACCGUUAUUAAACUAUUACCGCAACAUGUUCUCAAUAUGCAAUUAAAUUUAAAGGGGCCACAUUUUAUCGGUGGACUUCGUCUCUGCUUCACAGCAGCUUCCGUUACAAAUUCCGAUGCUCAUUCAAGGGUUCAAGCCAUAGAUACGUGUCAAUUAUUUUUCAUGUCAAAUCAAACUCUAACAAGAAAUCCGACAGUCAACGUAAAAAUGACUAAAGUAAUCAAUCGAACUGCAGGCUUUACGUUACCGAAUGAGACAACAUACACAGGUCUUUGGCUACCUCGUUUCACAGCCGAUACGCUCACAGAUGAACUACUGUUUUCGCUAGGUUCUGAAUAUCUUCGUUAUGUGCCAAAAAUAACUACAUUGGAUAUAUCGAUAACUGAAUCGGAAUUCUACAUGAAAAAUACACAAGAGCCUAUUGCUCGUCAAUAUGAAAUAUUAUUUAGCACAAUAUUAUUUGCAAGUAAGAUUGUAUUAGUACUUAAUGAAUGA